GAAUCUAUUUUAUUUGUAGUUAGGAUUUAGAUCUGAUGCAAUCAUGUUGCCAUCAUCAAUAUGUGGUUACAAUCCGAAACCGGAAAAUUACUUUAAUUGGCUGUCUCCACUGCAUGCUGAACGACUUAACCGAAUUACAUUGAGGAGCUUACAAAAAGAAAAACGUACGCAACCUUUACUCCUGAUGCUCCAUUUAUUCGCCGACGAUUUGGAUGGCUUGAAGCCUUGGCUUGAUAUUUUUUACGAUGUUGCGGGUACUUACGGUAACAAAAUAAGGUUUUACGUGGACGAUCUCUGGGCUGCAUAUGUCUUCCAAUGGAAUGGUUUCUCUAUUCGGAGAGGCGACAGUAGCUUCACUCUUAAAUCACCACCACUGAUAUAUGGAGUAAGUGCAACCGGUGAAGUACAUUUCUUUGGCAAUGCCACAGGACCAAAUUUACCCUCCCUUCAGAAACUGAACGUAUUUUGUAGCCAGUUACUAACUGAAUCCUUGGGCAAGUCCCUUACUAUUGAGGAGACCGUAAAAGUAGCGGAUGUGGAAUUGUCGACAUUUAAUGAUCUUAUCUAUGGCGAGGAACAAAACGAUAUUAUUGUUUGCUUCUAUAGCUCAGUAAGUGAAUCUAGCGAAGUCUUAAAUGACUUGGAGCGACUAGCCGCUAAAUUGCAACAUGAGAAAAUAAGCAUUUAUAAAAUGAGCAUACAAUUCGAAAAUCCGCCGAAAAGGUUUAAUGCCAAAACGAGUCCAACAUUAUUCUUAUUACCGCGCGAUCAAAAACAUAAUCCUAUACGUUGCUACGAUCUGUUGAGUGGCAUUCGCAAUUUACUUCAAUUUGUUGCACUACAUUCAACGGAAGAACUUAAUUUCUAUGAUCGGCAUGGGAUUCGAAAAGUCCACGUCGAGUUACUUAAGCAAAUUCGCAACAAUUUCAAAGAGGGGUCCAUGGGUUUCUUACGUUACUGAAGAACU